CAUGCCUGUGAUAAUGGGUGUGGACCAUGGAUAAUGAACAGCCGCAUCAGGAACUGGUGAAAUGUGUGGUUGUGGGAGACACAGCAGUGGGCAAGACCCGCCUUAUCUGCGCUCGGGCCUACAACAAGCAGUUCUCUCUCUCACAGCUGCUCAACACACAUGUGCCCACUGUCUUUGCCAUCGACCAGUACAGGAUAUACAAGGAGGUUUUGGAACGGUCUUGUGUGGUAGUUGACGGUGUGAAUGUCUCCCUACGAUUAUGGGACACCUUUGGGGACCAUGACAAAGACCGACGUUUUGCCUACGGCAGGUUAGUGCUGCUUUGUCUGGGGGUUAUGGUCAUGUGA